AAAAAUUAACAUCAUCUUGUGUCACACAAUAUAUAGAAUAUAAUAAAGAACAAGGAUACGAAACAGUUGUGUUUUCCACAUCCCCAAUCUUGCAACAUAUUUUCUCCUCUCUGACUCAGAUGAGUAGCCCAUUCGCUCUGUCACCGGCGAUCGCUGCCGCCGUUCGUCCUCCGGCCUCUCACGACUGUCUCUCCGCUUCCGCCACUGCUGCUACUAGGCCCAUGGCGCUCAAAUCUUGCAUCGUCAUCCCUCUCUCGCUUUUCUCCUCUCAAUCUGGAAUCAAACGCGCGAGCUCAAGAAGAACUUCGAGGAUGACGAUUCGAUGCGAUGUGGCUGUAAAAUCCGCCGAUUCGGUGAACACAGAGGCCGAUCCUUCGUCUUCGCCGUCUCCGUCGGAGGAGGAGGAAAUCGAAGCGGAAGCGAAGGCGAAGGUAGGAUCUAGGGUUAGGGUGACUGUGCCGUUGAAGGUCUAUCAUGUAAAUCGCGUGCCGGAGGUUGAAUUGGAAGGGAUGGAAGGUAAACUCAAAGAUUACGUCGCCGUCUGGAAAGGGAAACGAAUAUCAGCUAAUCUUCCGUACAAAGUUGAGUUCUUCAAAGAGAUCGAAGGUCGUGGUCCUGUCAAAUUUGUCGCGCAUCUCAAGGAAGACGAAUUCGAGUUCAUCGAUCCGUGAUUGAACAAAAAGGCAAAUUCUUUUUUUAAUCUCUCGUCUCUCUUUCUCAGUCUCUUUUCUUGUUGUGUUCACUGAAAACUGGGAGUGGAGAAUACAUUUGUGAAUGAGAUUUGUAUGUACUCUGAUGUAUGUAUACAUUUAGCAAUCAUAUACAUAAAAGGCUUCACCUUUCCCAUUUUGUGAUUGA